ACACACUCCGUCCUGCAGGUGGCGAUACGUCAGUAAACACCUCACAAAGAGGAAGUACAAGUUAAAGUCGCACUGAACGUGUUGAGUGGGGCUGAUUUAGCGGAUAUAACAAUGGACAGGAGCCCAGAGACUAUUUUAGCUAUUAAAGCUUUAGGGUACCCGGGCGGUUCCUGCCUCAAGCGGUGUAAAUGUGAUGAACUUCCCUGUCUGCUGCUCACCUGGCUGGCCGCAGAACUGAGGCCUCUGUGUCCAGAGCUCCGAGACUCGGGCAGGACAGGUGACCUCUUGCUGGUGGGAGAGCUGAGAAAUUUACUGUCCAACCUGCUCUCCCCUCUUGCUGUGCUGACCUCAGAGGUGCUGGAGUCAUCCACCCUCAACAAAGUCACCGAGUUCCUCGUAUCAGAACUGCAAGCAGCUUGCAUAAUCAAAUAUAAGGAAUCGCAUCCUGAGGAGAAGACGACAGGAGAGGAGUCUGAAAAAGAGCAGCGAGUGACAGAUCACAGUCAUGAACUUGCUGAGUUUGGUUGUGAAUUUGGAAAUGAUGAUAUUAUGGAUAAAGACGGAAGGAAGGCGGAAAUACAGGCUGAGUCCAUAUUACUGCUGCGUGCUCUUGACAUGGACGCCUCCUCUCAGUUUACAGAUGUGUUGAGUGAGGUGAAGGCGAGGCUUGCUCGUCUACCAUGUGGAGAUAUGAUGUCCCCUCUUCUUAACAGCAGCCUCAGCUCGGAGCAGUGGUUGGAAGUCAAAAAGAUCAAUGACCAUCUGUCAAAGGACUAUCAAUGUCGGCGGCAAAUGAUGAUCACACGCUUUCAAGUUACACUCGAGUCAUUUGCGUGGGGUGAAAAACAAAAGGAGCGCAGUGAAGCACUGGCCUCAGUGCCUCCUCUUGCACCUCUGGCUGAGCCUUCCCGAGUGUCCCUGUCUCAUUUGCUCACUGCCCGAGAAGAUCAGUCCUUCGGUGAGCCAAUCAAACCUGGAACAACCACCCCCGUGUACAAGACAUUGAUGGGCAGUGUACCGGACAGAGGAGGACGACCGGGGGAAAUUGAGCCACCUAUGCCAGCAUGGGGGGAUCGAAGAGCGAACAAAUCAGGACGAGGAAGUGGACAACAUCAACGGCAUAAAUUUUCAAAUAAAAAGAAAAAAGGGAAACAAGAGUAACCUGUCUUACUCUUUGACCUUGAUGCUUACUUCAAAAAAAUAAGUGAUCAUUUUCCUUUAUUUAAAUCCUUAUUAUAAGAUAUUAUGGCUGUUGAAUGCUGCAUAUGAUAUUAUGGGUAUGAAUUUGUGUAUACUGUAAAUCUUGGUUAUAGUACAUAGCUAAACCUGACUGUGUACAUUUCUAAAAUGGCUUAUCAUUGCUAUAAUGUACUGGUAGCCUAUGUGACCAGAUAUUUUGUUUAUGAAAGAAUAUAAGUGAAAAAUAAUAGGCCUACUUAAUUUUUUUUUCUUUACAGGUUAGCUUUGUUGAGUAAUUUGACCACACAUUGAAUACAGAGUCAAAAGAACAGCAAAACUUAAUCAAUUGAUAAACUGAAUUAAUAAAUUCUAAAGUGAAACCUU